AUGCCGAAAUACAAAAGCAAGACAAAAGUGAAGCGUGGCCAAGCUCUUCAAAACUAUUGCGGGAAAUCCCAUUCAGAAAAUCUGGGCAAAGAUCCGUCAACUGACUCUAAUGCAUUACGUUCAUCUACGACUAUUGUAGAAACUCACGUUCCGUUCGGUAUGGCAGUUGAUGAGGACACUUCAUCGCCAGAUAUUACGCAUCAACAAGAUGCCAUUUUACCGGAUUUAACUAUUAAAAAGAAUCAACCAGUAACAGAAAAAAGAAAUUUAUCUAGCAGUCGAAUUGUUUAUAUAAAAUCCUUUUUUUUUAAAUGCAAGAAAUCAACAAUCAUAGCCCAUAUAACUGUGGAGUACAAAGUUUAA